CGCUACGUUACCUGCAGGUAAAGAAGGCGUUUACAAUGUUAUUAUCUUCGAUGCCAUUGCCAUCAAAUGGUCUUGCUUAUCGCCUUCGCCCUGAGUUUCAAACGAGCCCGAGACGGACAGCGCGCGUCGGAAGAUCUCCUCACACUGCAGGUCGUCGUGACACACGUGUGUUGGUCCGUUCCAUCGCCAUGGAAGGUGCAGGAUCCGCUCAGCCGCGAGGGAAACUUAGCGGCCUCAAGUUGAGGCAGGACUGUAAGAUUUCCUGACCUAAUUGUUGAGGCGCUUCUCUCGCGCCUUCUUCCCAAGGCAAAGAAAGCUGCGGCGAAUCGCCGGCAGCGCCGCAUUGCGAGCGGCGCUCGGCUGGAGGCAGCUGCGAGAGACACCCGCAGUGCCCACGCCCCGCUUUUGUUAUCUUCCACCGUCAAGGCCGGCCCGGAAAUAUUGGGCCACGCGUAUUUCUAUAUUACAAUAGUCAGGCGGCAUCAGUUUUGCGUCGCCAUUGUCGCUACAUGCUGGACAAUACAAGACACUGUUGUGGUCGGAGCAACCACGUCAUCUCAGCGGUUACAGCGAGUCAGUACUUCUUCAUCUACUUUUAUACAUCUUGCGCUCUCUAAAGUGAGCCGUUAAAGGUGUUUUAACCGGCUCAAAUACGAACUGAAGAAAGCCGAUGCUGCGAGGCAGGAGUGGAGGCACGCAUGCAACCACCUCGUACAUGCAACGCAAUGGGACGUCGCUCGACUACACGUCCAUUAUCGUCCAUGUUGUGCUUCCAAAAAAGCAGAGAAAACCUGGCGCUCUUGGUCAUGAGAGGUUAUUUUUAACUUAAUUCAGUAAUCCGUGAAUUAUGCUCGACAUACAAAUGUCAAGUUAUCCUAGUGCGAUCUGAUACAAAGCUGUCGGGAACGUUCCUGGACAUGAUGGUGUUGAUGUGAGCGAUGCAGAAGGAGCAACUCAUCAUUCUGCAUUUCUUCACUCCAAACUCACCUUCUCCACUUCAAGCAUGUCCUCGCCCACGCUCUCGCUCGUGUGCUGCAUCGUCGUUGCAGCGCUGCUCUCCACCGUUUGCGCCGCGGACACCAGGCAUCUCACAGACGCGCCGUCCUCUACCAACGGCGGAAUCCCCGUUGCACCUGUCGUUGGCGUCGCGGCCGCAGCAGCCGUGGCGGUUGUGAUCCUAGUGGCGAUCAAAGUCCGAAGCUCCAGCGGCAGGAGGCCGAAGGACCCCGAGCUGCAUGAGGUCGUCAUUUCACCCAGCCGGCCCGCCGGACAGCCCAUGUCGACCAAGAAGCAGUUCGUUUACACAGCGCACAUCUAACUCAACUACGAAGAAUCCACCGGGAGCCGCAACCCCCUUACUCAAGCCCAACUACCACCUAUUGAAGCGGUACUCUCCCCACGCUAUUUAUUCAUGACGCGAGACCAAAGGAAGCAAGGCUACGUUCAUGAACAUAACAAACUACACGUAACAUUGACUCAAUAUGACAGUUUUGACCGCAAGCAC